CACAUUUCUGUGAUGACGCAAACAGCAACUUUUGUGCACUUUUCUGAAGGACGCUGCCAAUGGCGAAAAAAUACAAGACACAAAAAAACACCUGCUGGCCAUUGGAAUUUGGUCUGGGUACAAAAGUCCUAGACAACAUUCUGUGAGUGCACCGUAGAGUGGCGGAAGCGAGCAGCGGCUGCCAAGUUACAGACAACACAUACAGGAGAGAAACGCCACAGUGGGAACGAGCCAAUUAAUUCCUACGUUGAAAAAUCACGCAUCGAGGCCUUUUUUCCUCAGACCUGGGAAAGUUCGACUGGAAAGAUUAUCGGGCAAAUAGAUUGACUGCUCCAUGCUUUCCCGCGUUGUUUAGUUAAAGAAAUUCUUCCAAGUGCUUGAGAAGUAUACAACACAGACGUUUACAGGGUUGCCGAAAGAGUUCAAAGUUUGAAGUUCAAAGUUCAUGCCUGUUUUGAAAAUCUUGACACCGAGUUGUUUGAAAGAGGAGACGUCACAUUCGGCCCGUUGUCUCUGUGCACCAGUUCGUGUAGGGGCUCGAACCGCAGACCGUGAGGGGCAAGUGGAAACUGACAGCAGCUACGUGGACAUAGAGAACAUCCUUGCGAACAGUUCAAAGGUCAAGGGUAAUCUCAGUGAGGAACUUCCACCCGGUGCAUCCACGAAUGAGAGAGGUACGCUAGACGACCAAAGUGAACGUCGCAAACCAUCUCCGAGCACGUCGUUAAAGAGGAACCUUUCGGAAGAGAGGGCAUCUCAUAGCUCUCAUCUAAGCGCGCAAGAUGCCAUGCAUACAUUGCCAGACAUGUCGAAGAACUCUGCUGUGAACGAUACUCCCACGCACGACACGACAGUGCGCGGAGGACGGCCGUUAGACGCUGAUCAUCUCAACAACUCAGCUGAAUGUAUCCCCACACAAACGUUGUGUGACACUCACGAAGGACCACUCACCAGCUCUGAGCCAAGGCUCGGCGUGUCCCCAAACGUCGCAGCAGUCACCCCGCGGCGCUCUGAUGCUCGGCCUGAGAGAAACGCCAACGGCGGGAAGCAGCAGACUCCACACACCACUUCCGGUAAGGCCGGCUCCGCGGCACCUGUUUGCGCCCCCUGGCGGAAGUGCCGACAGCGACGAGUGUACCGACUGAUUCUCCUGGCUGCCUGCUGCUCUCUUCUGGCCUUCCUGACGGGACUGCACAGACUGUAUCUCUCCACCUUUGACCCAUCCGACCCCCGAUUUGUAGAAGACGAGGCAGGCCUGACCCCCAGCAAGGACUCCGGACGCUAUGGCGUCGAUCAUGCGCAGACGGUUGUCUUCUUCCCCAGUCCUGGAGCUGGCCCGACCCUGGGCAGUGUGCCAGUCAACGCGUCUGUCGGCGGGAACUUUUCCCUGGACAGGCGGAGGAGGGAGAUUGUUGCAGAAAACGGAAGUGGAGAUGGGGCCCAGUGCAUGCAGUCCAGCAUCCAUCAUUUCCCGCCCAACUUCGUUCCCAAAAAGUUCACGGAAGAGGGCGGCUGGGUGGUCCAUCUGGUCAUCUCCUUCUACAUGUUCGCGGCCAUCGCCCAGGUCUGUGACAACUACUUCGUGCCCUCGCUCGAGCACAUCUGUGAAGACUUGGCGUUACAGGCGGAUGUGGCCGGGGCGACGUUCAUGGCUGCAGCCAGUUCAGCGCCAGAGUUGUGUACAUCCAUCAUUGGUGUGUUCCUCGCGCGGUCAGACGUGGGACUGGGAACAAUCGUCGGGUCCUCGAUCUUCAACCUUCUAUUCAUUGUGGCAGCCUGCGCCCUCUUCAGUGGCAUGGGCGGGUGGCAAGCCAAGCUGUACAUGGUGGCCUUUGGCCUGUCUGUCUUCUACAUCGCUCUCUACAGCUACGUCAUGGUCUGGAUGGUGGCGAUAGCAGGCCACACUGUGGGGAUCCCGGAGACGGUGACAGGACUGACUAUACUGGCAGCGGGGACAAGUGUGCCCGAUUGUCUGUCCAGUGUGUUUGUGGCCAGGGACG